CUAGCUGCCUCACCGAGUGCUUUACGGGUGCCAUAGCUCGCGCACCCGCGGUUUCAAGCGUCGCUCACGACCGCCCGGAAGCGUCUCGGGGCAGCCCUUCGGACGAGGAACACGUGGAGGCUGCCCAUAUGGCCCGAACACUGCUCCUGGUCCUGCUCGCGGCCGCGGCGGCGGAGGAAUGUGUGGAAGACGAGGUAGACAUCGCGCGCAUUCAUGCGACGGACGACGACGCCGCGGCGGACGUCGUGGCGGCGGUCUUGAGUGAUGAGGCUGUCGUCGUCGAAGGCGUCGACGACGCCUUCCUCACUUUACUAAGUGAAGCGACGAACUGGACGCAUCAUGCUGGUAUUAGGGAAGGGUUGCGGGACCUCGUUCCCUCUUUACGUUUAGUGAACGGCUCGGCAGAUGCGAGGUGGGGCUGUAGAACCGGCGGCUGCCGACUACGAGACAUGCACAAAGAUGCGCCAUUACCAACCCUUGAUAGCCUGUGCGUGCCUAGUUGGAGGUUGCAGGUCGAGGGUAUCACAAGCUUCGUUUCAUACAAAAGGACGCCGGCCGAGCGCGGCGUUUCGAUCGGCGAGCCCUACGUGUCUUCAACAAUUGCGGUAACCACAUUGAAACCCGGGGAUCUGCUCAUCCACCCGGGCGGCUGGCGGCCUUACUAUACCAAAGGUUCGAAGCGCGCGUUAACGGGCGCCCUAGCACUUGAGAAUGCAGGAAAGAGACUGUGGAGCUCGCCAGCUAGAGUACGAGCGCGAGCUUCCGGACCGGCCUUCCCCUCGAAGAAGUUGUUGGAGGCCUGCCCCGACGUCUUGUCCUACGAUGGCUUUUCACGAAGUGUAGAUGAGGACGAGCAUUGCCCCCUGCCCUCACAGCCGGGUUCCGGAUGUGUUCAAACACCACCCCCGCCAAAGCUCAAAUGGCCCACGUCAGACAUAGACGUGGGCUACCACGCGGCGCCGGCAGCUUACGACGUCGACGGCGACGGCGACUUCGAUCUGGUGAUUGGCGACGCGGCCGGAAGGGUAUCAUAUUACGAGAACACUGGCACGUCCAAAAAGCCGCAAUUCGAAUUUGUGAACUCAAUCCACGCGCACGCGGCCAUGGCCGCGCCGGCGUUAGCUGACUUAGACGGUGAUUCGUACCCAGAAUUAGCGGUAGGCGGCGCGGACCCGGCCAUAGCCUUCUUCAACCUGACCUAUGAACCAUUUCAUGACACAUUGCGACUCACGAGCGAGUGGCGCCACCUCGGUCCUAUUUUUGUGGACGUCGACGACGACGGCGAUCUGGAUUUAUUAGUUGCGGCGUCGGGGCUGUUCGAUUCGGUCGGUUUGAUAAAGAACGUGGGGUCACGAACCGCCCCAAGAUUUGAGGUAAGAAGGGACGGCUACGCUAAUGUAAGGCGGUUGGAUCUACUGGGUCUCGAGGCGCCGGCUUCGCGAUUCGCGGUGGGCGCGCCCUCAUAUCUAGAUCCAGAAAAUAGAACCUGGGUCCCCACGUCAUCUAUAGCCGUCGGCGACGAGGGGCACGGAUUGCAUUACAUGAGACUCAUGAAGGACGCGGACCCCUACCUCGCGCGGACGCCCCUCUUCUGGACGGCGCCGCUACAAGAUUUGGACCUGGAGGCUCUCGGCCGGUCGAAGACUUUUCCGCUGCCCGUGCACGAGGCCCCGGCGCCCUGCCUGGCGGACUUUAACGGCGACGGCGUCGACGACCUGAUACUUGGUGGAAGGUACGGCACUUUACUGUACUUCGACGGUGCAUUGCCUGCGCCGAAAAAGUGGGGCGGCAGAAAAGCGCCGCCGGUGCCCGAGUGAUUGUUCUUCACGCCAUCGACGCGACGCGGGGUCAUGUACUAAGUGUAUUUUUUACGACG